UAUGAGUCCCAUGGCGGUAUGCCUAUGGAAGAGCUUACUCGACUUCUAAGCGAUUCGGAGCUUCCUGGCCAAAGGGUUCAAAGAUUCGUCAAUCGUGCCGAUUAUGACAGAGACGGCCGUGUCACCCUCAACCUUGAUAUUCAUAUCUAG